UCCUUUCCCACCGACGUGUGCUGGGGGGGCAUUUGGAGCCUGCGGGUUCUCACAUUCACUCCCAAGACCCAGGACUUUGCAGAAGACGUACCAAGGACCGAAACAGCAAAUCCACAUAGAGCUCUAUAACCUGCAGACACCAUGGCUGAGAAAAAGGUGAGAGCUGGAAAGUCGAAAUCCGCCGAUAAGCCUAAAUUGGCCCCGGGAGCCACCAGCGGCUACUUUACCGACUCUCUGGGAUUCAUGGCCAUGGACAGCAAAGUACCCGGCUUGUCCAACGUCAUCCUGCAGAAACUGAACAUGAGGAGCCUAGAGGAGUACAGGUCUGCGGUGGAAGGUAACACUCUUUCUGCAAAUUUCGGCAUCAGGUCAUAUUCUGAGAUGUUUCAGAAGAUGGAGGACACUUAUAAAUUCUGCGUCCAGUGCAAGAAGCUCCCGUCCAUGGCUCCCGAUGCCCGUAGUAUGAGGCGUUGUAAAAGGUGUCAGAACGUUUACUAUUGCAGCUCGGAGUGUCACAGGGAGAACUGGCCUACGCACAAGAAGUUCUGCAGGAAACUGAAACUGGCUGCCAUUGACAGGCUGAUGGAGUGGCUGAUCUUUACAGGAGAUAUUCCUUUCACCACCUCCCCUUGGGCCACAUCUAUUUCUAAUAUGAAGACCUGGGAUGACUGGUUCUCCAUGCAGGAGACCCUAGAGGAGAAGAUAGCGAACAUCAUGGCGGGUCGGUACAUGGGCAUCCUCUGGUCCAACUGUGGAAAGCCAAAACCCGAGAACGCCGAACUGCGAGAGUCCAUCAAGCGCUUGAACACCGACUUUUUCACAAGGCCGUUGACCAUUGGUUCUGCUAUGAACGCCUUCCGCGUCGAUCCCUACACUGGCCCGAUCACCGUGCAUGUGGUUGGCGCCUCUCAUAUUGAGACUUUGAACAUCCGGGAAACAGACUACGAUGAGCUUGCCAAGAUGUUUCCAGGGAACCAGGGUCUGGAGGUGGUUAUGGUCGGCCCAGAAGUGGUCCCCGGCCCGGUGAUGAGACCUCCACUGACAGCUUAUGGCCCAAGGGGAAAAGUCUACCUGAGUGGCUACAAAGCCCUUUACCAUAUCUUCUGGGAGACGCUGGUGGAGAACCGACGGGCAGCGAGGCCCGAUCUCGUGGUGGGCUUCCAUCCAGGAUUCCACGCCUCGCAGGGUCUUACAGAAGGCUGGCUUCCCACCCUGCUUCUCCUGCGGGAUUAUAACAUCCCUUGUCUCUUUACAAUGUACAGUGAUCAAGAGCUGAAAUACUCCCUACAGAUCUUGGCCGAGUUGGAAACGAAGGUGAUUGGAGCCGGGCCCUUCCCGUUCGCCUCCCAGAAACCAGAACAGGUCCAGUCCGACCCCAACAAGCCCCCCGUCACCAGCAACUCCCACUUCCUGAUCUUCAAGGGGCCCACCUGGCAGGACGCAGAGACCGACAUGGGAGAGCUGGAAGAAAACUAGACCUGUGCCUUAUACUAAACCUUCAGAACUGGUCAUGUAUUACGGGGAUUACCACUGAUGGAAUCCCUACAGCCUUAGAGGAGGGAACCUAUAGGGCAUUGUCAGUGAGUACACAUUACCAAUCAUGAGGGCAGCAGUUACCUUUCUGAUGCUUUCAUAGUUUGCUUGCUUGCUGCUCCAUAUUUUUAUCAGUAGACUAUCCCUCUAGUGGCCUUUUGAAUGUCAAGCAGCACAGUUAGCAUCCUCGCUGAAUAGUGCUAAGAUAAUCACAGAGGAGAAAGAAAAAGUUUUUGAGCUGGAUUGUUGAAAACGUAAUUUAAAGGCGCCACAUACCUAUUACAUACAUAGAAUAUAGAUAGGUUUGUUGGGACUUUUAAAGCGCACAUACACCAAAAGUAGAAAAAUAGAAACGUAUUUAGUAAUAGAUAAAAUUCAUAAAUUAAAUACAUAAAAUAUUCACAAAUUGGAUCAGUGAAAUAUACCAACAACAGGUGCACAUCUGAUUUAUCUUUACACGUUUCGCCUUUUACGGCUUCUUCAGGAGAGCUUUUACAACAGGCACUGUAUAUGAACUGAUCACUACAAUAAAAAAAUACAUGUUACAAACCAAUAA